GUCCACGUGCCGGCCCCUCAACUCGGUGGAGCCGGCCACCGUGUCCUCCGUCCCUGAGGCCCACAGCCUCUACGUCACCCUCAUCCUCUCCGAGUCGGUCAUGAACCUCUUCAAGGACUGCAACUUCGACAGCUGCUGCAUCUGCGUGUGCAACAUGAACAUCAAGGGCGCCGACGUGGGCGUGUACCUGAGCGACCCGGCCGGCGAGGCGCAGUACCCGUGCACGUGCGGCUUCAGCGCCGUGGUCAACCGGCGCUACGGCAACGGCUCGGGCCUCUUCCUGGAGGACGAGCUGGACAUCAUCGGGCGCAGCUCGGACGUGAGCCGCGAGGCGGAGAAGCGCUUCGAGGCGCUGCGCCUCUCGUCGCUGGAGCGGGCGGGCGGCGGCGGGCGGGGCGAGCGCGUGCCCGACGAGCUCAUCCUGCUGCUGCAGGACCAGUGCACCAACCCCUUCUCGCCCAUCGCCAGCGUGGAGGCCGACAGCCUGGCGGCGCGGGGCUCGGCGGGGGCGCCCGUGCCCGCCUGCGUGCGGGUGGAGGAGAGGGACUACCACAGCGACUGCUACAUGGCCCUGGAGCACGGCAGGCAGUUCAUGGACAACAUGUCCGGGGGAAAGGUGGACGAGGCGCUGGUGAAGAGCACCUGUCUGCACCACUGGUCCAAACAGAACGCGGUGGACGUGAGCGCGCUGUGCUCGCAGGACAUCCUCCGCGUGCUGCUGUCGCUCCAGCCCGUGCUGCAGGACGCCAUCCAGAAGAAGAGGAGCGUGCGCUCCUGGGGCGUCCAGGGCCCGCUCACCUGGCAGCAGUUCCACAAGAUGGCGGGACGGGGCUCCUACGGCACAGACGAGUCUCCGGAGCCCCUGCCCAUCCCCACCUUCCUGGUGGGCUACGAGUACGACUUUGUGGUGCUCUCCCCGUUCGGCCUGCCCUACUGGGAGAAGCUGCUGCUGGACCCCUUUGGGUCCCACAGGGACGUGGGCUACCUGGUGGUCUGCCCCGACAACGAGGCCCUCCUCAGCGGAGCCAAGAGCUUCUUCAGAGACCUCACCGCCGUCUACGAGUCGUGUCGUCUGGGCCAGCAUCGGCCAAUCUCCAAAGGCCACCCAGAUGGCAUCGUUCGAGUGGGCGGAGCCGCUGCCAAAAAGCUGUCGGAGCAGCCGGUCAGCGAUUGGUUCCUCAAGGCCGCCAGCGGCAACAGCGAUGCCUUCGCCAAGCUCAAGCUCUACGCACAAGUGUGCCGCCACGACCUUGCUCCAUACCUCGCCUCUCAGCCAUUAGACAGCUCCCUACUCAUGCAGCCCACCCCCCCACCCUCAUCCAGCCAAUCCUCGUCCACGCAAUCUUCCUCCUCGUCGUCCAACCCGGCCGGCCCCCAAAGCUCAGUGACCUCAGGAGGCUCCGCCUCCCUCCCCAACAGCAGUAGCCAGUCUGGCGCGGGCGGAGCCAACAGUGCCAACAGCUCGACGGCGUCCUCCGCCCAGGCGGGCAGCGGGAUGCAGUCGACCAAGCCCAGCUCGUUCCCUCCGUUCGGGGGCAUGAGCGGCGGGCCGAGCCAGAACCAGGGGGGGCAGCUGGGCCAGCAGGCUGGAGCCCAGAACCCAGGCCUCCCUGGGGACGGCUCCACCAGCCAGGCCCAGGGGCCCACGGAAGCCCCAGAGAGCACCAUGGAGAGAGACAAGGUGGGCGUGCCCACGGACGGGGAGUCCCACGCCAUCACGUAUCCCCCGGCCAUCGUGGUUUACAUCGUGGACCCGUUCACCUACGAGGAGCCCGAGGGAGGCGGCGGGCCGGCCCACUCCAGCGUGUGGACGCUGGGCCUGCUGCGCUGCUACCUGGAGAUGCUCCAGAUCCUGCCCCCGCACAUCCGCAACUCCAUCUCUGUGCAGAUCAUUCCAUGCCAGUACCUGCUCCAGCCAGUCAGGAACGAGGAGCGUCACAUCUACGUGCAGCACCUCAAGUCGCUCGCCUUCUCCGUGUUCUCCCAGUGCCGGCGACCCCUCCCCGCCUCCACGAACGUCAAAUCACUGACAGGCUUCGGGCCCGGCCUAGCCAUCGACACGGCACUGAAAAGCCCCGAGCGACCGGAAUGCCCGCGCCUGUACACCCCCCCCUUCAUCCUGGCGCCGGUCAAGGACAAGCAGGCGGAGCUGGGCGAGACGUUCGGCGAGGCGGCCCAGAAGUACAACGUGCUCUUCGUGGGCUACUGCCUGUCACAUGACCAGCGCUGGCUCCUGGCCACCUGCACGGACCUGUACGGCGAGCUGCUGGAGACCUGCAUCAUCAGCAUUGACGUGCCCAACAGGGCGCGGAGGAAAAAAGGCUCCGCUCGUCGGUUGGGCUUGCAGAAGCUGUGGGAUUGGUGCUUAGGGCUGGUGCAGAUGACAUCGGUGCCGUGGAGGGUGGUGAUUGGCCGACUGGGCCGAAUGGGACACGGGGAGUUGAAAGACUGGAGCAUUCUGCUGAGCAGGAGGAACCUGCAGUCCCUCAGCCGCCGGCUCAAAGAGAUGUGUCGCAUGUGCGGCAUCUCCGCCUCCGACACUCCCAGCAUCCUCAGCGCAUGUCUGGUCGCCAUGGAGCCCCAGGGCUCCUUUGUCAUCAUGCCAGACUCGGUGUCGACGGGCUCCGUAUUUGGCCGCAGCACCACCCUGAACAUGCAGACGUCCCAGCUGAGCACGCCGCAGGACACGUCCUGCACCCACAUCCUGGUGUUCCCCACCUCCGCCUUCGUCCAGGUGGCCAGCUCCAACUACACUACUGACACCAACAUCGACAUCGCCUUCAACGCCACCACGGAAUCGGGGGAGGUCAUGGGCAUCUUCGACCUGCUGGACCAGGAGAAUGACCUUGUAGACCCAGACAUCAUCAAUAUCCUGCCAGCCUCGCCCACCACCUCGCCCGUCCACUCCCCAGGCUCCCAGUACCACCACGGAGGAGACGGCAGCAAGGGCCAGAGUGCAGACAGGAUGGAGACCCAUGAGGAGACCCCCAACAUCCUGCAGCAGCCCCUGGCCCUGGGCUACUUUGUGUCCACAGCCAAAGCCGGCCCACUACCUGACUGGUUCUGGUCAGCCUGCCCUCAAGCCCAGAACCAGUGUCCCCUUUUCCUUAAGGCCUCUCUGCACCUCCACGUGUCUUCAGUGCAAUCAGACGAGCUGCUGCACAGCAAACACUCCCACCCCCUCGACUCCAAUCAGACCUCAGACGUACUCAGAUUCGUGCUGGAGCAGUACAACGCCCUCUCCUGGCUGACGUGCGACCCGGCCACCCAGGACCGGCGCUCCUGCCUGCCCAUCCACUUUGUGGUGCUCAACCAGAUGUACAACUUCAUCAUGAACAUGUUGUAACAGGCAGUCUGAGGAGGGAGGAGGAGGGGGGGGGGGGGGGGGGCGGAGGACACCGGAGAAGGGGACGCUCCUGAGGGGACUCCAGCUCGACGGCAGAAGACGACCACAGGGACGGGACCUCGGCGUGGGAUGGCAGUGGAUCCCAGGGCCUGCUGUAAUCGGACCAGCUCAGCCAACUCCUGCCACUGUGACACACACACGCACGCACACACAUACAUGUAGAGGGAGAGGAUUGAAUCCUGUAUUGGAAAUAAUAGAAGCCAAUGAGAGAGAGCGAUAGACAAGUCCCCAGUUGCCAUUGUGUAUGCAAUGUUGACAUUGGCCUGUACGUGUGGGGAAACGAGUCUGAAGUAUUGGAAGAGAAGGGACAUCUGGGCCCCCCGCCGCCACUCCCCCCCCCCCCCCCUCUCCCCCCCCCCUCCAAGAAUGGAUCCUUUUAAGACCUGAAAUUCCCUUUUAAUCCUUUGGAUGACAUUGUAUCCAAAUGAAAUGCCUGCAUCUAUCUAUUUAUUGUAAGUUUUUAAAUGUAUAAUUUGUCUUAUUUCUUAACCUCUUUUAUAUAUGAAAAAAUCAAGAAGGUUUAUAUCGCCUUCCUGCUUUAAAGCAAUUGGUCUACGAUAUAUGUAAUCGUCUUAAUAAAAAAAAACGACAAAAAAUCCCAGAAACAUGAAUAAAGUCGCAGUAGGUUGCUUUUAGAGUAUUAUUUUUUGUAAUGGGGACAGAAUAUUUGUAUUGUUACAAUGUACAGAAGAAGUAGAGGGAGAAUUAUGCCCAGGCCUUUGCGCCUGGAAGACUUGCAGCUAUAGCUUAUAAGCUGUAGCUGCAGAGGACUUGUACAGCAAUGAAGUUCACUGUGUUCAAAUAAAGAGGUACAUUGUCGUAUAUAGUAUUUUAUACCACACAUUUAGACACAAAAACCAAACGGCAAUAUAUAUAAAUAUAUAUGAAUGCCGUGCCAGCGAUGGGUGGUGCGGCUUCUGUUUUAGGAAUAAAGUGCGUCAACUCAA